UUCAGCUGGUUCAGAAGGGCUAAUGACAUCCCCAAAGAGUUCAUUACUAAAGGGAUUACUCUCAGAGGUCAAGUCAAAGGCAUAUCAAGCAACAACACCCUGCAAGUGCUUCAUAUACCAUUAAUCACAACAUCAACAUUUAGAAAGUAUAAAGAAAGCAAUCAUGAGUCACCAAGUAAUCUUCUUUCCUUGGCUCUUGCUGGAGUGGAAUUCAGAGAUGGCAGUAAGCAGUGGCUAACAGAUAACCUUGUUGACUCCCACAUAAAAUUUCUUCCUCUUCAAGUUGACCUCAACUCUCAGAUAUCAAGCAUUGUGCAUAAAAAGAGAGGUUAUUUUCGACGAAAUAUUUGUGUUAAUGAAGAACUUGUAAAGCAAGGACUUGCAGUCACUGGAAAUUAUGAUAAACAUUUGGAACAAAAUGAGAAGUUCAAGAACCUAUUUUCAAGACUUUUCAAAGCUGAGGCAUAUGCUCUUAAAAAGCAUAAAGGAAUAUGGUAUCAACCAGCGACCUUGGAAAGGAUAAAAAACAUCAAGUUACCUUUACUUUCGAGUUUUAUAAUGCAGAGAAAGAAACAAUCAAAUGGUGGCAACACGCCGGAAAGGAGAAGAGAAGUAGGGGUAAUAAAUAAUAAUGUAAAGUCUAAAGUGUUGUAUUAAAAACGUCUUUUUAUCUGAAGUAUUGGCUGUAAUUUAAGAGAAAAAAUGACAUUGCACAAGGCUAGGGCACAAGAAUCUAGACUGAAUGAGCCUUUGGUAAACCUCUUUAUAGCUGUACAUCAUUUUGAGGGCCACGUGUUAGAUAACUCUCUGGGUUAAUUGUGUCACCCUCCUCAAAUAACGUUUAUUGUAUUGUAUUGUAUUGUACAUCAAAAUAUGUAUAAUAGAGAAGUUGUCCCAUACUAAUAAAGUUAUAUUUGUCAACCUUG